AUGGGAGUGUUUAAUUUAUUUUCAAAUAAACCCAGUUUGGAACCAGAUGUCAUAGAACUUGCUCCUCCAAGGGAGGAUAAUGGGCUAAAUAGCAUGGAACAACAACCCCGUGAAGAAAACUUAGAGGUUAAUGCCACAGAAAGUGUACCUGAGGACCAAAAUGAAGGUGUGUUCGACACACAUAUCGCAGUGUUGUACGAUAAGUAUUUAAAUUUUAAAGAGAAAAUCUCCAACAAAAUUAGAGAUAAAAUCAUGGAUUUUAUGAAACAUGACCUCCAAAACGCAACAAAUAGCGAUGAACUGGAUGAAGAAGGAGGCAUCACACCAAGAGAACCCGACCCUACAUAUGACGGACUUAUAUUCAUUCUUACAAUAAUACUAGGAUUUGUAAUGAGGUUGCCACUAAUGUGGAUACUGGGGUCACUGCUAUUCCUAAUAUAUGGAAAUUUUAAAAGGAAAAUAAUAAAGUGGGGAAUAAUUAACAUCGUCUUAUCAAUUCUAACCAUAGCGUACGCAGUGAAAAUGUGGGACUUCGUUGACCCUCAAGUAUUUAAUGUUGUUCGAGCUAGAAGAUCAAUUUUGCUGAGCAAAGCAAGACAUAUCAAAGGCGUUCCUGGAGUCUUAAACUACGAAGGCAAAGAAGCUUUGAUCAUUACAAUUCAUGGAGACCCUGAGUUUAAUUGGACAAUUAUACACAAUGAUUCAGAACAUAGCUUGAAAAAUGGUUACUUUUCUGAUCAUUUGCUAGUAAACAGUAAAUUGAUUCCUGAUGGUACUGAUAUGAUCAGGUUAAACCAAGAAAUUGAGUUAAAGGGAUUGUUGCAAAUGUCAGCAAAGUUCAAUACUAAUAAUCCAACCCCUCAAGUUCACCUCAAAAAACCUAGUUCACAUCAUUAUCCACUACACCACAAGCCUAGAAUUAAACCAUAUGAUCUUUCGUUAGAGUGUCAUCAAUUGGAGGAAGAUAAUCCACCAGCUGAUACACAUGAUGCAUUAGGAGCCCAUAAUGACGAAGAUAACCCAGAUGAACAUGAAUAUUCGAUCGUCAAACGUGUUGGAAAAAAAUAUCUGAACAGGAAAAGAAGGAAAAAUAUUCAUAUAAACUAUGAUGACGAUGAUUAUUCAGCCUUCAAUAUCGCAUACAUAAAUAACCAUCCUGAAGCCCAAGGAAUAGCUAACAAGGAAGAAGUAAAUCAAAAUCCUGUAGAUACUGAGGAACACAAAAUCAAAGACCACAAGAGAUAUAUAGGAGUCGAUGCAGUUGACACCGGCGUACUUGUGACUAGAAUGUUCUACGUCAGCAAGCUUUCCAAGUGUUCCUUGACAAUUGUGCCCAAAAAGGGAACCGAUGUUGUUUCUGUAUUCAUUAAAAGACUACAAUAA